AUGGUGCCAGAAAUAUAUCACCCAUGGAACACAAUGGGAGAUCAUAUUGUUAGAUUUAAUCUGACCAAAGUCCUGGGUGUGAUAUUAACUGCUUUGUUGGCUGUUUUGAUUUCUCUAUUUGUUCGUCAGCCCUUGAGCCCCAAUCGAUUUCGUUGCACUAUGGUCCCAUGGAAAGUGUACCGGUUCUGCCAUGAGCCGCAGACCGUUACCUCGGAAUUGGCACAGAACUCUGCUCAAUGUCCGAUGAAAACCUUUCAUACGCUAUACUCGGGCCACAAUCACAUCCCACACUCGCGAGAAUAUACCCCAGAAGAAUCAGAGUCGGCCACAGCAUCUGAUUUCGAAGAGAAGGAUGCCAUUGAAAAGGCGCGAGCAUGCGGAUACUGGGGCUCAGCAGAGCCAAGCCAACUGUUUCUGCAGAUCUACCACGACGCACUAUGCUCCUUGGACAGGAAACCCGAGUCUGCAGUCGUUUCUCCUCCCUUGAUGGGAAGCCACGGCGUAGUUCCCCUAACGAUCGUCGGCUCAUUACCUGAUCUCUGUCGCCAUUUAGCAAACUGCAUUGUCCGCGCCGAGCACGAGGUUUUCCUCGCUACCAACUUCUGGAUCCAUUCCGAUGCAUCGACGCUGGUGACGAAUGCCAUCCGCGAGCUUUCACGGCGCGCAGGCGAACGAGGCAGAAAGGUCAUGAUGAAAGUUAUAUAUGACCGUGGAGAUCCUCGGCAGCAACAUGAUGAAGGCAAAGCUGAUCCCAGCCAGGUUAUGGAUGACCACCUCAAUGUCCACGAGGAUCAAUAUACCAGUGAAAAAGUCAACCUGCCAGCUGCGCAUGAAAUUCCAAAUGUUGAUCUGCAAGUCAUCAACUACCACCGACCCAUUUUUGGGACCUUCCAUGCCAAGUUCACUGUUGUUGAUCGGCGUAUUGCUCUCUUGCAGAGCAGUAAUAUCCAAGACAAUGAUAACCUCGAGAUGCUGACCCACAUUGAGGGCCCGAUUGUUGAUUCUUUCUACGAUGCAGCCCUGCUGUCAUGGGGGAAGCCGCUGGAUCCUCCUCUCUCGCUGAUGAAUUCUCCGGCUGCAUCCAACCCGAUCCCUUGCAAGGAGUAUCAGCCCAAGGAUACAUGCCCAGACAAUGUUCCUGAACAACUUGCCGAACAUAGUAUAGUUUCUCCGCACUAUGACACAGAUUUUGAACAGGAGGCACGGCGAGUCAAUCACAGUAUUCAGCCGCGGGGCGAAGAAACACGCACCCAGGCCGUGACUCGGCACCUCAACACAACCAUCCAGACCGAGACAACUGGAGAUGCACCAGAGAGUGACCAGGAACCACCAAUGACUCCCUAUGUCGUCUCACCUGCACAUGAACCCUGCGCCAUGGCACUGGUGAAUCGAGAGCCAUAUGGAGCCCCCAACCACAGCAGCGUCCACACCCCUCAGAACUCAGCAUUCCUCUCCGCAAUCCAACACGCGCAACACUCCAUCCUCAUUCAAACCCCAAACAUGAACGCCGAGCCCCUCCUAGACCCGCUGCUUGAAACAGUACGUCGCGGCGUGGUCGUCUCCUGCUACCUGUGCCUAGGCUACAACGACGCAGGCGAACUGCUUCCCUUCCAGAACGGGACGAACGAGAUGAUCGCCAACCGGCUGUAUAAUUCACUCGCCUCUGAAGAGGAAAAGUCAAGACUGCGCAUAUACUAUUACGUGGGCAAGGACCAGACAGAACCUAUCCACAACAAGUUCAAGCGUCGGAGCUGUCAUAUUAAGUUGAUGAUUAUUGACGCGGCAGUUGCUAUUCAGGGGAAUGGAAACCUCGAUACUCAGUCAUUCUUCCACAGUCAGGAGAUCAACGUCCUUCUUGACUCGCCUCUCAUCUGUCGGACGUGGAUUGAUGUGAUCAAUCGCAAUCAGAAUACUGUCAAGUACGGUGGGGCAUGCACCAAAGAUGGGUGCUGGCAUCAUCCUGAGACGGACGAGAUCCCUCAUGGGUCCAUUGGAAUAGAUCCAGGCCGCUUCAGUUGGGCCAAGGGCAUUGUAGGCGCCGUACAGCGGGUCAGAGGAGCUGGUGGGUUUUGA